UCAUCGGCGGACCCGACUUCCGGUACAAUCGACAAUUACAAAUUCCACGAGAUUCUUUGGACUGCACUUUCCGUCGCUCUGGGUGUCGAAUUAAGAGGAGACUUGGUACGCGGAGUACCGUGCAUUAAAAAGAAUCAUCAACUGUUCUGUCCAACUGCUGGAAACACAUAUCCCAUAGAGCGGAUAGAGCGUUUCAUCGACGAAAACAAGGCGUUAAUGAAGAGAAUGUAUGGUGACUUUGAAAUGAGUUCGGGAUACGGAUCACCAACGAGAGAGACUGGCCAUCAUCGUACACGUAGAAGAAGAAGAAAAAGUAGAGAAGCUGUGAAACACGAUAUACCUGAUGGUGGACCCAAUUUCCGGGACGAAUUGAAUCCGGAAAUCGAGGCUAAUGGUGACUCAUUUUUCGCCAAUGUGAGAAAAACUAGAAAUCCUAGACAAUCUCCCGGAAAGAAUCAUAAAGAUAGCGGCAGAAUCGAUGCAUGCGAAUCCAAGGUAGAAAUAGUAACGCCCUAUUGGGCAAGCAACAGUGCUGGAAAGAUUCGUGCCAUCGUGAACACGCAACAUUUCGAGCAAGCCAUUCACCAAGAAGUUUGCUCGAAAACCCAGACGAAUCGGUGUACCGGUGACUGUGGCUGCGAGCAAAAAUAUAAAUGGCACAGAUUGCUCGCCUACGAUCCUGAUAACGAUUGCAAAGGUAUCUUCAUGGACUGGUUCCUCUUCCCUUCUUGCUGUGUAUGCAGAUGCGAGCCAAUUGCUAACAAAUUUCAAUCGUCGAAUAAUCGAAAUUAAGAAUACUUCUCGACAUGUGAUUCCAUUGCAAUUUAUAAAAGAAGAAAAAAGAAAGAAAAAAAAAAAAGAAAAAACUGGAAGAAUAUAUAACUGUAGGAUACAUAUUUACCAUUUUCUUUCGUGUACAUUUCAUCACUGAGAUCCUACUUAUUUAUGAGUGAUACAGUGUGUGAUUAGAAAGUAUUGGAGAAAUUAUUCCUUGUCGUAUUAAUAUAAGGAAUAAAUAAACUAAUGGUAUAUAUCUAGGUUAUAAAUUAGAUUAUUAGAAUUUGCUAUAAUUAUCGAUACUGUGUGAUAUUGUAUAUUCCAUCAAUAUUAGUUGCAAGAAUUAAUAUUGUUUAUUAGUUUAGUUUAAUAAUUCAUUCGAUAUUCUUAUUGUAUUCAUUUACGUAAGAGAUAAUAUAAAAUUGGAGCAAAAUACAAGGAAAGAAUAGCAAUUAAUUAUAAGAAUCAAAAAAAAGAUCUGUGUCUUGUAGUAAAUGUUUUUUAAAUAACUCGAUAUUCUUUUCGAUCUCAACUUGUCAGAAAAAAUUUGCUCAUUUUUUUCUGAUUUUUGCAAUCUUUUCUUGUAAGUAAUUCAAUGCUCAUGAAUCAAUUUAAAUUUCAAGUAUAUCAAAUCAUCGUGCAGCACAUUUCACAAAUGUGAAAAACAAGAAAAAUUCGUUUCAUGAUAUUUUUAUACGUUUUUCUUUUUUUUUUUUUUUCGAUAAAUAAGAUAAUUAUUAAUUUCGAAAAGAGGCUUUUCUGCUGCGCGAUAUUCGUUUUUCAUCAAAAAAUUUUUUCUCUUUCUUAAAUAAGUUGUAAGUAAAAUAAUUUAGUUUUAAGUAAAUUGCUGUUCCAAUCUUCUUGUAGUAACCGAGAGAAUACUUUUUAAGCAAUUAGUUCUAUAGAAAUAUUCUUUCUUUAUAAUUUUAUUUUUUAUGUUAUUACGUAUUUUAAAAAUUAAUUUUAAUUUUAAAUUAAACGUUACCAUGAAAUUUAUAUAGCCAUUCAUAAUGUAUUAAUUAUAAUGUUAUGUAAGUAUUAAUGUAUAAAUGUAAUAGUAAUUUGUAUUUAUUAAGUAUUAUACACAAAUGAUAGAAAAUGAAAUUUAGAAAUAGGUAUACAUUAUACAUUAUAUUUUCCUAUAGUAAAGUAAAAUAGAAAAUUGUAAAUAUGAAAAAUAAAUUCUAAUUAUCAUUCCUCGAAAAUUUAUAAUAAAAAUUGAUUGUUUUUAAUAUUAAUAAAUAAAUCGAAAAAAAGAAGAAUCGAUAAUGAAAGAAAAUCGCAAUGAAAAGCAUAAUGUCUAAUCUACAAAUCUAAUAAUUAAAGAAUUUUAAUGGAAUAUAAGAAAAUACUACUUUUAAUCAGAUAAUGCGAAAUGAAAGAACAAAAUUUCGUAUCAUCUUAUACAUUGGACGGAUUCCUGAUAAGCUACUUUUUUCACUCGUUUUUUUCUUUUCAACUUAAAGUAGUAUUAUUAUAAAAGAAAUUAUAUAAAUAACACAAGAUAAAAAAAUGAAAACGACAAAGCUUAAACCAAUAAAGUUAACGAGAGAAGAAAAUUCGAACAAAAAAUCGAUAGAAAAGAAUCAGAGAGAAUUACUAAUGGUGACGUGAAAGCAAGUAUUCGAGAGGCUGCAAAUCUACGUAAUUACAAAGUAUAAAAUCGAGUUAACAAUCCUUUAUUAUACAAUCACGUCACACGUGUUAAAACUAUAUACACAUUGUACAAAAAUAUCGUUGUUUCAUAAUAGUAUUGAUUUUUUUUUUAUUUUUACUUUUUUUUACGGAAAUCGUGUUAUCGUUAAAUAGACGAUUAGAUUAAAUAAAGCUUUUAGCACGGUGAUGCAACUACUCCACUAUAUGUCAAUCUAUUCUACUUAAUACACGACUAACGAGCUAUGCCUAACUAUAAAAUAGUUAACAAAUUUGUGCGUGCUUAAAAUCGUUUUAAUACACCGUUUUAUUAUCUUAAUAAGAUUUUCAAAUGGAUACACGCGUCUAGAAUAGCGAUUUAAUCGAUAAUUUGACUAAAAAAAUGAUUAUAAUCGCGAUAAGAAAUAAAUUACACGUGAUAAAAUUUAUUUACGAAGUAUUAAUACAUUGUUAAAUUUAAGAUCCUUUAAAACGGCGCUCUUUACGAUAGCGAAUAAAGACUUAAUUGCCAAUUAUAUAUAAUUUGGUUAUUAAUUAAGACUACGAUACUGGAAUUUUCCUUACUAUUUUUGAAUUUAAAAUUAUUUAAAAUUGCACUCUCUAGGAUUAGUAAUUAAUCUCUAGGAUUAGUUUUGUUAUUACCAAUAUAUCAAUAGCUUUGUUAUUAACCAACACUAUAUAAUCGAACUUUCACUUGAAUUCGUAUAAUUUAAAAUCAUUUCGAAACGACUUCUAAGAUUGAUAAUUAAUUGUUAUUAACCAAGACUAUGAUAAUUGAACGUUUCAUUAUUACGUUUUAAUUUAAGAUGGUAAUAAUUUAAAAUCGUUUAAAAUGGUGCACUUACGCUCCGUGGUUAUUUUUCAAAGUAGAAAAUGUAUAUAGGUUAAAGUUUUUCAUUAAAGGGCGAUGUAUUUCGAUUGUAGGUAACGGUAGCCAAUAAUAGGCAACGUGACCAUGAAAAGAGAUUGUGUAACCGAUACUCCCAUUGCGGAAUUGCAGAGGUCGGUAUUGCAAAUAUAGCAUUCCAUUAAAUUUCGAGUUGAAAUCGCAGUUGCGCUGCAAGGACCAUCCACGAUAUCCGC